AUGGCGGAGAAUCGUGAAGAGGAUUCAGCCGAAUCUCUCUUCUGUGACGAAAGCUCUCAGAACGUGAGAAAUUUUUUUGAAGAUAUAAAAAAGCGGUCGAUGAGUCUAAUUAGUGGUUACCUGCGUAAUGGGGUUGCCAGGUUACCAGUGUGUUUUUAGCGGCUUCUAAAUUGAUAAUAAAUGUCAAUAUCUCCGUAGGAAUUUCAAAAAAUAAGAAUCAUAAGCAAACAAAUUUCAGCUAACAAGGAUUUAUUCCAGCUUUUGAUGGUUAAUUUCGCGCUUCGAUUUAUAGAAACCCUGAUUUUUGAAUCAUAUAAAACUUCUUACCGAGCACAAAUGUUUUUUUUUUCAUCACUCUUGUGUUCAAAGUUGUUCAUUCAGUGUGUGAAAAUGCCAUCGAACGCAAACUUGGAAGACGACGAGAGCGUCUACGGGCAGAUGGUCCUUCUAGGGUUUAUCAAAAAAAGAAAAUGAGUCGCAACAAGAUGAUGUUCAGGUAUAAUGGGAUCGCAGAAAGCAAAGGCGGUUUGCCAGCCAAGAAGCACCGGACGAAAAUAACGUUGAAAAGACGCGAAAAGGGCAAUGGAAUCCGAAAAGGAGACUUCAGUGUCGUUAACUCGCCGUUCAAAGAUUACUUGGUAAAUUUAAACUUGCAUAAUUUAUAUUACCAUUGAAAGUAUAGUUUUUUUUAAAAAGGUUUGAUUGAUAUAAGAUAUACUUAGUUAGGUCAAAAAGCAGAAAAUUCGUAAAAUAUUUUUCAAAGAAGAUUUUUCAUUGGAAGAAUUUUUUUAGGCUUCCAAAGACCCGGACAAUUACUCGAUUAUUUUUCACUUCGGGACGAACCCAAACUCACGUCGAGGAAUAUGUCAUCGAACCUUCCAAAGACAUGUUUCAGGUGAGAAAAAGAGUUACAUCUCGAAUAGAAAACACUCUAAAAACUACCAAAAAGAACCAAAAAGGUGCAAAAGGUCUUUGAGAAUAUAUAUUUUAUAAAAAUAUAAUGAAAAGUUGUAUGCGGUGAAAAGGUCAGGAGGGCCGGCCAGCUUGGCGGUUUUGAGGCGGGUCAGCCGUUGUCCACAUCUAUUCAUUAAUCUUAAAGUUAUUUCGGUGAUAAGCAAUAUAUAGGCCUUUAGCAAUGGAUUUUAGAAAUUCAUGAACUCAAAGUAAUUAGUUCUUAUGAUGCGUGGUUCGUAGAUGAGAAAGAAAAACGUGCAUCACUGGAAGUUUCCGAAGAGAUGCUGCUUCUGGGACGAGAGUUCGUAGACUCGCUCUGAAGGCGGUCGGCUUUCGUUGGGGAGACAUCACUUUUUGGACGCAUUCGGCGUCUCCGUGGCAGUUUUUCCUUUCGAACUAAGAACACAUCUAGAGAAUGAAGAAAAUUUCUGAAUUGAAGGGAGAGAAGAACUGGGUCCAGUGAAGUGUGUAGGUUAAUGUCAGCGUGCCAUUUAUAGAGCCUUUCAAAUGGUUUUAAAAAAUGCUGGUAUUUUGCGUCAUCGACUUCCGGCUUUGCAAGGAAGAUCCAAAAGAUCAAAUAGUAUCUUACUAUGUUGAUCUUUUUGAAAGUAAUUUUAUCCAGAUCGGACGAUCUUCCGAGGAACAGAUCGACUUCACCGUCGUCGAUACCUACUUGGCUGUGGCCCCUUCUGCCUCCGGUUAGUUAUAUCGAUUAAAAAGAUAUCUCUAUGUCAGAAAACAUCACAAUGUGCACAAGGCUCUAAGAAUUGUGGCGAAUUUAUUUGCCUUUCUUGAACUUGUCAGAAUUUUAUCUAUGAACUUUUUGGUUACCUAUGAAGUAUGAAAAAAGAAAUCAUUCAAAAGAAAAAAGGUCGAAUAUUUUGAGUUACUCCUACGCUGGAGGCCUCCCGAAAACGGUGUUUCUCGAAAAAAUGAGAAAUCUAUUCAAUAAAUCUUUUUCUUAAGUGCAGAAAAAAGCUUUAAAAAAGGGAUAUAGUGACCAAGAGGAAUUUGUUUGAUGAUGAGUAAAGUUUUGAAAUCUCCCUGACUAGUGGAUAUACAUCAAUAUGCAAAAUGUUAUCCGUUCCUUGUUUGCAGCGCACCAUCAUCACCACAAGAAGUCGGAAAAGUCGGACCGAAUUUCUUCGACCAUCAGUCGCUACGCUUGUCGCAUUCUGAUCGAUCGCGAGAACGGCAACAAGGCUUUUCUUUACGCGGCCGGCUUCGAUUUGGCCAAGAACAUCUUCUUGGGGGUGAUCAAUUAUAUAUUCUUUUUUUCUUAACAACAAGCGUACUGUAACAGUUUGGAAACAAAAACUAAAAAAAAUUUUGUAAAGGAUAAAUCGACAAAAUGGACGAAGAAAAACGGCGAAAUGGACGGUUUGACGACCAAUGGAGUUCUUAUUCUGCAUCCGAAUCGCAACACCGAAGUAUUCACUUGUUUCUCGGCAUUGUUCAUGGGAUUUAUUCAAGGAUCUGAACUCGGAAGACACUGAGAACCAAGAAUUGUACGUGUGGCGAGAAAUUUCCGUCGGCGGCGACAUCUACACGCUGAGAGACACCCGCAGCAGUUCUUCUCGUGGACAACUUGUUCCUGAGGAAACCAACAUGCUUCAGGUUUCUUCUUGCCCUUUUCAGUGCUUCUUCAAAAACGGAUCGAAAUAUCAAAAAGUUUGGCACAAAUUCCGCUGUCAUAUCUACGGAACGAAGCGCCGCAUUCACGCUGUUUUUGGUCAGAAAAAAAAAUUGGCGAUUCUAUUGAUCGCAGCAAAAGUUUCAGAAUAUUCCAUACAUUUUCGAGAUCACUAUAACGUUUUCACGAGCUUAAAAAGUUUUGAGAUGAUGUAAAUAAGCGUGAUAGGCGAUUUUUUCUAAAGUUUCCAAGAUUUUUUGAAAGAUCAACUUUGGGUAUUGGGGAAAUCGAACGUUGAUAAGAUAAUGAAACGUUUUGAAAAAAAUAUCAGAAAGGAAUAUCACAAAUUUUAUGACUUUUUCGAAAGGCAAACGUAUGAAUAUUUUUUCAACGGAAGUUUGCCUUUUUGUUCAAUCCAAAAAAAUCACCCUUUUCCUAAUAAUCAAAGCAAUGCCUGUUAUAAUUAAGGACGGCACUCUGAUCGAUCUCUGCGGCGCGACGAUCCUGUGGCGGACCGCUGACGGUUUGGCGCGGUCGCCCUCUGCGCUGGAACUCGAAAUGGCGCUGGAUCGUCUGAACGCCGGUAACUGACGACCCAAGUUCUCACGAACAGCAAAACGACGGUUUAUAGGCCGCCCGCAAUGUCCCGUCAACCUCAACACUCUCAUCAUUCCCAAGAAGAAGAGUUCGAAGGCCACCAACAGCCGUCAAGCCUAUGUGAGAACCGUGCAAUCUACUCGAAAAUUAACUAUAAAAUUUCACUUCAUCUGAAAAUUCAAAGAAAAGCGACAAAAAUGGGAAAAAUAGUUGGUUCAGUUUGAAUUUCCUAGUUCAUAUAUUAAUGAAAUUUUUAAACGUACAUUGGAAUAAGGUCUUCGUGAAUUUUGCGUUAAAUCGAUUUUUCUUCCUCAAUUUCCAAACGGAUAUUCCGAAAACAGAACUUUACCUACAGCAAAAAACAAAGAUGAUCCCAAUAGAGAAAUAAUUUUCGGAUGAUAAGAUGUUCAGGUCUAUCUUCGCUGUGGUCACGUGCAAGGCCGACACGAGUGGGGCGUCGUCAUGAAUGGAAACGGACAGAUUUCCGGCGGCAAAUGUCCCAUUUGUCUCGUGGAGAGCGAACGGAUCAUCCAGGUGGGAAAGGUCCCAUUUCUCUGGUUUCAUUCCAGUUUUGAGCUCACCAUGGGAAUGGAAACGACGUUUCACAUCGAUUCCGGGUCUCUCGACUACGCCUUCAAUCCCUGUGGCCACGUCGCCAGCAAAAAUACCGUCAGGUACGUUUUUCUAUUUUGGAGAAUUGAAGAUAUACUCAUCGAAAGUAGGAUGGAGGUCGAAAACUUGCACAAAAUUGCAAUCGGUAAUUUCAAGUAAUGAAUAGAAAACUUUCAAGAGAGACAUGAGUUUCCAAAUUUUUUCCUGUUGAACACUUUUUGUUGACCGUGGCAAAACCUUCAAAUAUUGGCCUUUUUGAUUUUUAGAAUGGUCUUUUCAUAUUGAAGUGAGUAGAAAGUCCACACGAAGUAAACUAAAAAAGUUUAAAAAAAAGUUCAUGCUUUUUUAAGCGAGAAAAUGUAUCUAUUAUCACAUCGUUGAGGAACAUCUAAAAAUCUACAAAACUUUGUUCAAGUUUUUCACCUUGGAUCGAACCCAUUUUUUUUUGAAGUCUACUAAGAAAAAGUUAAUUUCGUUUCUGUAUAACUUUUCACUGGAACUGUACCCAACGACUUUCAGAUACUGGUCGCGGAUUCCGUUGCCCCAGGGAACCAACAGCUUCCAUCCGGUGUGCCCAUUUUGCACGACGAUGCUCGCCACUGAAAAGCCAUUCCUACGUCUCAUUUUCCAGGAUCAUUGCUUCGACUCCUAA